CUUCCGCGGGGAACUUCCUAAGCCGAGGAGGGGAAGAGAGAAGCCAGCAUGCAGAAACUCCUGAUCAGAGGCGGGCGAGUCGUGAACGAUGACCUCUCGCAGGCGGCUGAUGUGUACGUGGAGAACGGGGUCGUGCGGGCGGUGGAGCCGCUCUUCCAGCCUCCAACCCUCGCUGGGGUCCGGGUGAUAGACGCCUCCAACAUGCUGCUGCUGCCCGGAGGAAUUGACACGCACACGCACAUGCAGUUCCCCUUCAUGGGCACGCAGUCCAAAGACGACUUCUAUCAGGGCACGAAGGCUGCCUUAGCAGGAGGCACUACCAUGAUCAUUGACUUUGCAAUACCUCUGAAAGGAUGCUCCCUUGUUGAAGCCUAUGAAAAAUGGAGAAGCUGGGCAGAUCCCAAAGUCUGCUGUGAUUAUGCCUUGCAUGUGGGUGUCACAUGGUGGAGUGACAAGGUCAAAGAAGAAAUGAAAAUUCUUGUCCAGGAAAAAGGGGUCAUUUCCUUUAAGAUGUUCAUGGCAUAUAAAGAUCUCUAUAUGGUCAGAGAUGAAGAAUUGUACUCUGCUUUCUCUCAGUGCAAGCACCUUGGUGCAAUUGCUCAAGUCCAUGCGGAGAAUGGAGAUUUGAUUGCAGAGGGGGCAAAGAAGAUAUUAGCCCUGGGAAUCACUGGUCCAGAGGGACAUGAACUAUGUCGCCCGGAAGAAGUAGAAGCUGAAGCUACGCUGAGAGCAAUCACCAUAGCAAACUCAGUGAACUGCCCUCUUUAUGUAGUUCAUGUGAUGAGCAAGUCUGCAGCCAAGGUGAUAGCGGAUGCACGAAGGCAAGGGAAAGUUGUGUAUGGGGAGCCUAUAGCUGCUGGUCUGGGCACAGAUGGAACACACUACUGGCAUAAGGAAUGGUCCCAUGCGGCCGCACACAUCAUGGGCCCUCCGCUGAGGCCAGAUCCUGCCACUCCAGACUACCUCAUGAGCCUUCUAGCAAAUGGUGACUUGACUGUAACAGGGACGGACAACUGCACCUUUGAUAUCUGCCAGAAGGCUCUGGGGAAAGAUGAUUUCACAAAGAUCCCAAAUGGGGUGAACGGUGUAGAAGACAGGAUGUCAGUUAUAUGGGAAAAAGGGGUGCAUAGCGGCAAAAUGGAUGAAAACAGGUUUGUGGCAGUUACCAGCACAAAUGCUGCUAAAAUCUUUAACCUGUACCCAAGAAAAGGGAGGAUCGCUGUGGGAUCUGAUGCUGACAUUGUCAUUUGGGACCCAAAAGCUACAAGGACAAUCUCAGCAAAGACACAUCACCAGGCCAAUGACUUCAACAUAUUUGAAGGAAUGGUCUGUCACGGUGUGCCAGUUGUCACCAUUUCCCAAGGCAAGGUGGUUUAUCAGAGCGGAACCUUCCAUGUCGUAGCAGGAGAGGGAAGAUAUAUCCCACGUGAACCAUUUCCUGAGUUUGUCUACAAGCGGAUCAAGCAACGGGAUCAGGUCUGCCAGCCCGUUCGUGUCAAGCGAGCCCCAUAUGUGGGCAGAGUUAUCUCAGAAUGAACAAGAGCCCUACAAUACAGUUUGCCGUCUGGAGGUCAAAUCCAGACAAGAAUUCUUCUGCUUCCUGCUCAGGCCAUCUGUUUUAGAGCUUAUUAGCCUGCAGUGUUGAUUUCAAACCUUGAAGAUUCCUGAAUGAUUUACCACUCUGGCAGAUCCACAUUGAUUAUCCUAAAGCAUGAAUGGCCUUUUCUUCUCUGCUAUUUUGACCCCUUCUAUCUCCUCUGGACAUUUUCAGAACAAUGUUCUCUUUCACUGAGGACAUUGUAUUCCCAUGAUAAUAUUUUGUGAGGACCACUGAAAUUUUACGUGAGAACACAGAAAGAUUAACCAUUCCCAGACUCAAAUCUGUGCUCGAUUUUAUGAUAUAUCUCAGGAUUAAGGUGUCAAAACUGGAAUGAGUUAUUGGACAGGCUUCUUCUCAGGAAACUAUUGACAGUAUGGGAAGUAUCCUAUACUGCUGCUGUGGUCCUGCUCAUUCUGUUUCAUCAGUAGGACCCGCCACUACGGGGAGUUAGUUCUGCAUAAGGGACCCCUGCAAAUGAGCAGAAGCACUUA